GAGUAGCCAAGACCGAGCAGCAAAAACAUCAUAGCACAUUCCUGGGUAGUGCUCAGCUGCCAGCAUCUGAUUAAAACCAUAUCUCUCGCUGUGAGUGGCUAACUAAUCCGAAGGCGAGAGUGCCACUGAAUAUUUAACCGGGCCCUCGCUCCCCGUCAGGCUGCCAGCUGCGGUUCUCCUCGGAUCAUGCACGGAGCGGCACGGAUCUAGCCCGUAAAAUAUUAUGCCUGCCUACUGAUUGUGACUUGGAUUUCAAACUACAGCAAGCAUAGCUGACAACUAUCUCAUCAUGUCUACUGAAGCUGAAAGUACUUCUACUGUAAACAACCAGCCAGAGCACCAGGCUCCACCAAAAACACAAUCUUCAAAGAAAGAAAAAAAGAAAGGGCCAGAAAAGACAGAUGAAUCUCUCCUGACCAGAUUCAAAGGGGAUGGUGUAAGAUAUAAAGCUAAAUUGAUUGGCAUUGAUGAUGUGCCAGAAGCAAGAGGAGACAAAAUGAGUCAGGAUUCAAUGAUGAAGUUGAAGGGAAUGGCAGUGGCAGCUCGUUCCCAGGGUCAACACAAGCAGAGGAUUUGGGUGAACAUCUCCCUCUCUGGUAUCAAGAUCAUAGAUGAGAAAACUGGGGUCAUCGAGCAUGAGCAUCCAGUAACCAAAAUCUCUUUCAUUGCUCGGGAUGUAACAGAUAAUCGUGCCUUUGGCUAUAUUUGUGGAGGAGAAGGCCAGCACCAGUUUUUUGCCAUAAAAACAGCGCAGCAGGCUGAGCCUCUAGUUGUUGAUCUUAAGGACCUCUUCCAACUAAUAUAUAACAUGAAGAAGAAGGAAGAAGAAGACAAGAAAAAGAGUGAAGAAGCAAAUAAGACUCAGAAUGGUAGCGAGGCACUAUCUACUGGUCAAGCUGACAAACUGAAACUAGGAGUUGACCAGAUGGACUUGUUUGGGGAUAUGUCAACACCUCCUGAUUUGAGCAGUUCCACAGAAGCUAAAGAGAUUCUCUUAGUGGAUCUCAACUCAGAAAUUGAGACCAAACAGACUUUUACAAAAGAGGAUCUCUUCUUGAAUGGCAUCACACCUUCUCUUCCACAACCAAAGCCACGGCCACCCUUCUUACCAGAAAGUUCUUUCUCUACCAAUCUCAACUUCUUUCCCACACCUAAUCCAGACCCUUUCAGUGAUGAUCCUUUUGCACAGCCAGACCAAUCCACACCACCUUCAUUUGAUUCUCUAAAAUCUGCUGAUCAGAAGAAGGAAAAUCUGAGUACCUUGACAUCGGUGGGUAAUGGUGCUUCAAAUGGUGAUGUUGACUACUUUGGUAAGCAGUUUGACCAGAUAUCUAAUAGAGUUGGCAAACGAGAAGCACUAACAAGCCAGUGGCCAUUUGACAGUAAGCCACCCACAGCAAGAACUCCAAAUGGGGUACCAGAGAGAGAACAGAAUGGCUUUCUUAAAGCCCCAUCAAACCUUUUUGUGGAAGAUCCUUCCAAAGGAGUAACUCUGCAAAAUGGAGUAAAGCUGGAUUCUGAAAGCAAUAUCCAGCUCUUGUCACAUGAAUCUAUAACAAUUAGCCCACCACCACAAAGUAACAAGCCAGGAAGAGGAAGGAGGUCUGUCAAGACUGCAUCAAAUGACUUGUUUAGCUCGGACUUUUUUGCACCAACUACAGAGAGCCUUGGCUUAAAUUCAUCAGUACAGACAGGACCGGUGCAAACUAAUCGACUGAACCUCUUCAAAACAAGCCCUGCCACAGCCCCUCCAUUGGCUGGCUUAGGUGGCUUGCCAUCACCAUGGAGUACAGAGAUGCCUGCCUUCACCCAGGCCACAUCUGUCUUUCCUGGGUCUAUGAUGUCUACCCAGUCUCCAGGAUUUACUCAGCAACUUACUUUUGGCUCUCAAGCGGUGCCAAGCUGGAGCCAGCCUGGAUCUUUUGGUCCAACAGCAUCUCAGUCCUCUGGCCUCUGGGCACAGCCAGCACAAGUUCCAUCUGCUCCAUGGGUACAGCCAUCCAGUGCUGUAAAUCCCUUCCAGAGUAGUGUUUUUGCACCUUCAACACUACCUGCUCAGACACAGUCUGUACUGCCCUCUGUGUCAACAACAAGCCCACCUCAGCCACCACCUAGAACUGCACCUCAGAAGGAGCUAUCCAAGAAAGAGAGUGAUGCUUUUAUUGCUCUGGAUCCACUUGGUGAUAGAGAGAUGAAGGACGUCAAAGAAAUGUUCAAAGAUUUCCAGCUUACAAAGCCACCUGCAGUACCAGCAAGGAGAGGAGAGCAACAAAGUCUUUCAGAACCACUGAAGCCUGUUCCCAGACAAAGUGCACUACCAAUUGAUGGCCUGUUUGAUAGUCAACCUAAACCAGACUUUUUCAAUGUCUCCUCUGAAUCUCAGAAGCAACAUUCUGGCCCAUUUGGUGGUCCUUCUGGCAACCCUUUUGCAUAGACCAGUAUACUAGGCAUAACCAGGAAAGGAGAAAUGGAAUAACUGGACCUCUUUUCAACAUCAAUUUCCUACUUUUUUCAUUUUUGUCUGCCACUCUUGCUGCCGUUCCAUGAUGUGUCAUCUAAAACAUGUCCAGGUGGAUUGAAGCACAAACACUGAAGAACAUGCUGUGAAGAUAGUAAUUCAGGGCAAAUGGAAACUUAGACUCAACCUUGAAGACCCAAAAUCAAAUUGGUGGAUGUUAAUUUUACUUAAGGCUUUGCAUUCAUUUGUGGAAGAGCUUAGCACUAAGUCAUGUGUUUCAUAAAAUGUGGUCACCUCAGUUUCUCUUUAUUGUAGCACUUACUGUCCUGAAACAUGGGAAUUGAAUGUACCUAGGGAAGAAAUGCUGCCUUAACAUAAGGGAAUUGAAUUAGUGGCUACUCCACGCUCUAAACAACUAGGUCAGUUGCUGUAUGUUUAUACAAUAUCAGCCAGUUGUAAAGUUACGUGGAUAUUACAUGCUUCUAAUUGGUGAAUGAACAUAUGACUUGGUCUCUAAGCCAUAAAGAUUGUAUGGAACUGGGGAGAGUUGGGGAAGGGGGAACACAUCCAAUAUACUUGUUCACUUAACUAAUGGUAAAAGUAGCAUUCUGCCAUAAACGUAUAAUAAAGGGACUAACUGUAGGGUCUUCAACAGAGCUGCUGGGGUCCUAAGCAAUAGGGGUCUACUGCAAGAUCAAAUAAGCUGAAACAUUUCUUGAAGGACACUGAGGUAUUCAUGGACACUAACUGUUGUAUUGGUGCUAAUAUAGCUAUUUCAGGGAGGGAAAUCUAUAAAGAUUACCUUUCUUUAUCAAGGUGGCUUGGCAGACAAAUGGAACAAGCAGAUAGGUCAGACAUGAUGUAGUACGACAUUAUUCCAAUGUGUUAGAAAGCAAAAAGACAAUAGUUGCUUUACUCUAUGCCUUGAUUCCUUGUGAACAGAUGUACCAUCUCUGUGCCAUUAAUGUGAGGCAUAAUCUCUUAAACAGUGCCUUUUCCAAAAAAAAAAACCCAAAAAAAAAAAAACCCUCUUUACUAACAGACCUUUAAAUCAGAAAUCAGUCAGAUGUUACAACUAGUUGUAACACUUUGUCAAUGGGGAUAGCUGAUAUCUGAAUGGUUGUGUUUUUGUUUUUGUUUUUUCCUGUUAAUACUAAGUAUAAACUUGAAAUAGUAUAAAUCAAAUGCCUAAGCAGUUGCUGAACUGGAGAUCUAAGAAAAUCAACUUGAAGACAGCCUUAGUACUCAAUUCAGCAGGUCAUGCAAUUAUAUAAACCUUUCUUGCACUUUCUGUAAUGCAAAGAAGCUAUGAAUUUAAAUAUUUGUCUCAAACUGGAAAUGUAGAAACUUCUGGAUAUUACACUGCUAUAUAAAACUGUAGUAUCUCAACUGAUGUUACCUAAUGACAUUAAAAACAAGCAACUCUCAUAGCAAAGAAA